CUAAACAUUUAUACUUGAAAUGUUGAUGUACUGAAAACAUUUCUUUCAAAUGCUACUUAGACCGAGGAGUCCCAUUUUCCCAAAGUAUUACGCUUCUGUACUUAAAUCUUGUAUAGCUCGAAAAGCCAUAGAACCUGGGAAGCAACUCCAUGCGCAGUUAUGGAAUUCCCAACACGAAUAUUUUCCUUUGGAACAUUUUGAUCCGUGGGUAUGCGUGGAACGGACCGUGCGAGGCUGCAAUUUCUUUGUACUAUCAACUUCUUGGACAUGGGCUUGUUCCUGACAAUUUCACGUUUCCGUUUGUGCUCAAAGCGUGCUCGGGCCUUUCGGCGAUCAAUGUGGGAAGGGAAAUCCAUGAUGAACUGAGGAAAACAGGGUGGGAGAUGGAUGUAUUUGUGGGUGCUGCGCUUAUUGAUAUGUAUGCAAAGUGUGGUAGUGUUACUGAAUCCCGUCGGGUGUUCGAUAAGAUUGUAAAUAGAGAUGUAGUGUUGUGGAAUUCAAUGCUUGCUGCUUAUUCUCAAAAUGGGCACCCGGAAGAGUGUUUGAAACUAUGCAGCGAGAUGGUAUUGGGGGAUUUUAGGCCUACUGAAGCUACCUUAGUGACGACUAUAGCCGCUUCUGCUGAUUCAGCGGCAGUUAUUCAAGGACGAGAGCUUCACGGGUAUAGCUGGAGACUCGGAUUUGAGUUAAACGACAAGGUUAAGACUGGGCUUGUGGAUAUGUAUGCUAAGAGUGGCAAUGUGAGGGCUGCAAGGGUCUUGUUCGAGGAAUUAAUGGAAAAGAGGCUGGUUUCUUGGAAUGCAAUGAUUACAGGUUAUGGGAUGCAUGGUCAUGCUUAUGAAGCACUUGAUUUGUUUACUCAAAUGGCUGAAUAUGUUCAGCCUGAUCACAUUACUUUUGUAGGGGUUCUAUCGGCUUGUAACCAUGGAGGACUGCUAGAUAAAGGGCAGAUGUACUUUGACUUGAUGAUUAACGAUUAUCGCAUAGAACCAACUGUUCAGCAUUAUACCUGCAUGGUUGAUCUCCUCGGCCAUUUUAACCGGUUGGAUGAGGCCUAUCGUCUAAUAACAAACAUGAAGGUAAUGCCGGAUUCUGGUGUCUGGGGUGCUUUGCUUAAUUCAUGCAAGAUCCACGGAAACGUGGAGUUGGGCGAGCUUGCACUGGAAAGACUAAUUGAGCUUCAACCAGAUGAUGCUGGAAAUUAUGUGAUUUUAUCCAAUAUCUACGCCCAAGCUGGGAAAUGGGAAGGAGUUGCAAAGCUCAGAAAUCUAAUGACUGAACGGAAGCUCAGAAAAAGCAUUGCUUGCAGUUGGAUUGAGGUUAAAAGCAAUAUCCAUGCAUUUGUAUCUGCGGAUACUUCUCAUCCUAUGUCUGGUCAGAUAUAUGCAGAGUUAAGCGAACUGGGAGAUUUACUUGGAGAAGCUGGGUAUAUUCCAAAUACUUCACCAGUUUUCUAUGAUGUGGAGAACGACGACAAGAUGAAAAUGGUGAGCAGUCACAGUGAAAGGCUAGCUAUUGCCUAUGGACUAAUUAGUACUCCCCCGGGGACCAAGAUUCUAGUAACCAAAAACCUCCGCGUCUGUGAGGACUGCCAUGUUGCAAUCAAGCUUAUAUCAAAAAUUAAAGAGAGGGAAAUCACCAUCAGAGAUGUGAACCGCUAUCAUCAUUUCAAAGAUGGCGUGUGUUCUUGUGGUGAUUAUUGGUAAAUGAUUUGGGAUGCAAGUGUUACCAUCUCCGAGAUGACAACAUUUAGAAAAGAAUUAACUAAGCGCAGAGACUUUCUUGAAAAGAAUCCAUCUGAAGAGAACAAGCCAUCAGCAACACAAAUUUUGUGCCUCACCUCCACAGAACUCUUCUGUGAAUUGUGAUGACCAAAACUGAGACUUGUUCUUCAAGGGUAACCGCGAUGCUCCGUGAAGACUAAUUUGGAACGCAGCAGGCAACAGUGCAUGCUUAGAUGUAAGUUGACCGUACCGAUAGCUGCUCGCGCUUGCAAAAGGACUCUUGAAUUGUGACAGACCUGAGGCACAACGCCAAGGCCAAAUUGACAGUCUUCAUGGAAGUCGCUUAGUAACCAUGUCGGAAAAGAGCUCUGUUCCGAGAGGGUCAGGAAUUUGCAGGUUGGAUACAGACGCAUCGAUUUUGUUAAUGUGUCGAAAACUCUUAUUUCAAGGAAACGUGAUAUAGUGUAUUGCAAGAACUACUUCACCCCCACCGACUAUGGUAAUCAACAAAACAAGCCGACCCAAAUCCUGAUUUCAGAUUUACGUUUCAGCUCUCCUUGUUGUUUGUGCGUAUGCUACUUCUGUUCUCCGAUUGUCUUCUUCUGUGUUAACAUUUGUAAAAAAUUAUAGAAAAAUUCUAAUCCAAACUCCAUAAACAUAUGACAGUGUUCCUCAGAUUCUUGCAUCAUUGGGAUAGAGAAUCUUGGUGCAAUACAUUUGGCAGAUAAUUUUUGAAAAGUAAAACAAAUUACCCAAGAGUAUAUUGCUCAUUUUUCUUAGCAUAUACUUUUUUGUUUUUCUCUUUUUCCAAUAUUUCCAAUAUCACAGGAGCUAACAUGCAUUUUAGCCCCCAACAAAUUCAAUGUCCAUAAAGAUUGGAUCCCUUCCAGCUCUGUAAUUGAGAGACAACAUUUGAAAAUGACUUGUUUAUUGAUAACAUAAUGUACUAAAAGACCAUAUAUACCAAAGACAUCAAAAUCAAGAACAAAUAUUAACUUCGAAAAACAAAUUGAAAGCUUAUCAUCUCCAACGCCCUCCGAAUGUCGCCAAAUAAUCAGCACUCUGAACCAGACAUCAAACCAACUAGCGAAGGGCCACACAGUUUAAGAUUUUCAUA